GAAAAGGAGAAACUGUAUGUGGAACUAAAGCACAUCCUGGCCCGGCAGCCUGGUCCCGAGGCUGCAGAGCAGCUACAGAUCUACCGCCACACGCUGCGGGAGAAGACCAAGCAGCUGAAAGUUUUGUCUUCAGAGUUGAAUAUGUAUGAAUCACAGAGCCAAGAAUAUAAAUAUGAGAUCGAGAAACUUACCAACGAACUGAUGAACUUAAAGAAGAAAUACCUAGCUCAGAAACGUAAAGAAUACAUUCAGAAAAAUAAGGACAGAGUACCCAUGGAGAACACAUUCUCAACGGCCAAGCCAACGGGCCCUCGUUUUACUGGGGGUGGAUUUCCCCUCAACAGGCCAUCCAAAGUGAAGUCCUAACCUGAAGCUCCUGGCUGGGUGCAUUUGAACAGCUCGUGAAAUUCACUUUGAAACAUUUUGGAGGAAUCUCUUUCAAAUCCCUUGGAUCCUAAAUAUUUAGAGAAAUCAGUGCUCAAAUUCUAGGAUGAAAAGAAAUACAAAACUAUCAUCGUCAUGUACAUAUAAGAGUGAUGACAUUCUACUUGGUCCUCAUGGAUAUUAACAAAUUGUAGUUAUAUCAUUCAAUUAGGCUGA